GAAAUGCAGAUUGCUGUUUGUCUCGUAAAGUUGUCUGGACUUGUCCUCUGCAUCCUAAAUACUGAUAUUUUUCACAACAGCCUCUGCCAAGGUCAGACACUGAAUAUGUGCUGUUUUACAUUAUACAACAUGCCUGACUUAAAUCAUACCAGAACAUAUAUAUUUUAAGGAAAUAUGAAAGAAGCUAAGUUGUCCCUGCCACCUUUGAGGCUUUGAGCGAGGGGCUAGUUGGUCAGCUCAUGGGAAUCCCAGUGUCAUGAGUGAAGUUGCCCUUGAGCAAGACAUUGAGCUUGUAAUGGCACAACUUGCCUUGUGGUGGCAGCUUUGGUCAUUUGGAGAUAAACUGCCUGUCAAAAGUAGUUAAUAAACUGGGACAAUUACCAUCAGCUGCUGCUGGUCUGGUUAUCUAGUUAUGACACGCCAAGUCAUGGUGGACUAGUCUUGACAUGUCUGUACAGGCACACGGAAAUUUGAAUAUUGUCACCAUGUCAGCCAGCCAAGACCUCAACACCAACACAUCUGACGACAACAAACUGGUCAGACCGAAACUUGAGUUCCACUCUCUACUACGACAUGCUGGAGCUACCAAAGAUGUUCUCACUAUGAAGGAGGUGAUGUUCUACCUGGGACGGUACAUCAUGCAGAAACAGCUGUAUGACCAGAAACAGCAGCAUAUGGUUUACUGUGCCCAGGAUGCACUCGGGCGGCUGUUAGGUGUGGAAAGUUUUUCUGUAAAAGACCCGAGUGCCCUGUUUGCCAUGAUCACCAAAAAUCUUGUUGCUGUGAAGAACCAUGAAGGGCCGCAAAGUUCCAGCCAACCGCUGAGCAGCAGCGCUCCAGAGCAGCUCACCGAGGAGACCGAUGACGAAAGACUCACAGCGUCGCCAGACACCAGACGAUGGGGAAGGAGGAGGAGGAGGAGCCACAGGAGUAGUGACCCAGGACCCUCUCAUACGACCCAGGACAAUGAGGUGAAUGAUGCAUCGGAGGAUGAGGAUCAUGAGGAGAGGAAGCGGAGGAGGUCGGACAGCUACUCGCUGACCUUUGACGACAGCUUGUCCUGGUGUGUGAUUGGUGGACUCGGCGGCGGACAGGACAGAGACAGCAGCCGCUCGUCCGACUCACACAGUGCAUCUGCGAGGUCAGAGGUCACCAGCGAAGCUUCAGACUCGGACAAUGAUAACUUCAGUGUUGAGUUUGAGGUUGAAUCCAUUGACUCAGAUGACUACGAUGAAGAUGAUGCUUCUCUGUCUGCAGAUGAUCAGGUGUACGAGGUGACCAUCUUCGAGGCUGAUGAUGACGACUCUUUCGAUGAGGACACAGAGAUUACAGAGGCUGAUUAUUGGCGUUGCACCAAGUGCGACGAGUUGAAUCCGCCUCUGCCCCGGAACUGUCUCCGCUGCUGGACCCUGCGACAGGAUUGGCUGCGCGAUGCCAAAAACCUCAGCGCCGCCAACCUCAAAGACCUGCCCCCCAAACCUGUGAGCUCAGCUGAAGUCUCUGCAGGUUCAGACAAUGAUGACGGCGUGGACGUCCCAGAUGGAAAAGGAUCCAAAACGCCAGCGGAUGACUCGGCCUCCUCUGCCCCAAACUCCCAGGACUUCCUCUCGUCCUCUCAGCCGUGUUCCUCGCAGGAGAAGCCUUGGAAUCCUGACUCUCAACCCUCGUCUUCCUGCUACUCCUCUGCAGACUCCCAAGAACUGGUCUCAUCUUCUCCUACCUCCUCCUCCUCACAUCCGGCUUCAUCGACUGCAGUCGCUGUGCCGGACAUGGAGCGCAGCAUAUCUGCGGAGUCCCGUCUGCCCGACUCUUGUCUGGACCCAUGUCUCAUUUGCCAAACCAGGCCAAAGAACGGCUGCAUUGUUCACGGACGUACAGGACACUUGAUGUCCUGCUAUGUUUGCGCCAAGAAGCUAAAGAAGAGGAACAAGCUGUGCCCGGUCUGCCGCCUGCCCAUUCAGUCGGUGGUUCUAACCUACUUAAGCUAAGAAUCUCCGAACCUCACUCCUCAUUCUUUGUUUACAAAAGCACAACUUAGUGACAGCCUCUUUUGUUCAACCCAAUCAAACAUGAGUUUCUGUCCCGGCGCACAUUUAUGAAUUCAGUCCUGUAAAACAUGAUUUGACAAAAAUACAUGUCUUUAUCUUAGGCUUCAUUUUGUAUUUACCCAAAUGAUAUGACAAAUAUUCAUUUAUCCAACUGAAAGUUAUACAAAUGACAUAGCUUUAAUAGUUGAUAUAACUAUAUUUACCAUCAAUAAUCACAAAGUUGCAACAUUUAAUUUAUCUUCUCACAAGUCUUGCCAAAUGCCUUGUCACCUCCUCGAUGAAACGUAGUUGCUCAACAUUAAUUUCCCUGUUGGAAUCCCCAUUCAUCUUGUGUGUUAUGUCUUUGCUCUUCAAUCUGGCUGCGUGUCAUUUCCAAUCUGCAAUCUGUUACGAAGAACAGCAACCGUCUUGAGAGAGAGAAAGUCACGUUGUUCCAAUCUAAUUUAUUUUUAUAUGCUUUUCUACAAAUGCUAUUUAACAGCUGUAAUUGGUAACAAAUUCCAGAGAGGAAAUGACUGCUUUUUGACGAUGUACCAUCAUUAUUUAUUUUUAAAGGCUCAGAUUUAUUUAAAAUGACACUUUGAAUGAGUAAAUAAGAAGAGAGAGGAUCUAUUGGUAUUUUUGGUGUUGUCUGAAGUGAUUAAAGUUCAAAAACUU